AUGAUCGAAAGAGAGGGUUUGGCCUCUGUUUCCAGCCUGAAGGUUCUGACCCUCUUCAUCUCCCUAAGCCCUGGGCUUCUGCUCUUGGGGUCCGGUGUGACGCUGGAAGAGAAUGCAUAUGAUGGGCUGCUUAUUGCCAUUCAUCCGCUGGUACCUGAAAAUCAACAUCUCAUUCAAAAUAUUAAGGAAAUGAUGACUGAAGCUUCUUUUUACCUAUUCAAUGCUACAAAAAGAAGGGCAUAUUUCAGAAACAUAAAUGUUUUAAUACCAUCUACAUGGAAAGCAAAUAAUUAUAGGAAAGCAACACGGGAGACAUAUGAAAAUGCAAAUGUCAUAGUGGCUAGUCGAUUUGGGACAAAUGCAGACAAUCCAUAUACUCUACAAUAUGGAGGGUGUGGAGAAGAAGGAAAAUAUAUACACUUCACUCCUAACUUCCUAGUAAAUGAUAAUUUGACUGCCGCCUAUGGAUCGAGAGGCAGAGUGUUUGUUCAUGAGUGGGCCCACCUUCGUUGGGGAGUGUUUGAUGAGUAUAAUAAUGAGAAGCCUUUCUACAUGGCUGGGGAAAAUCAAGUGAAAGUCACAAGGUGUUCAUCCAACCUGUCAGGCAUCUUUGUGUGUGAAAAAAGCAACUGCAUCCAAGGAGACUGUGUGAUUAAUGAGCUGACGGGAUUGUUUAAAGAAGGAUGCAUGUUCAUCCACAAUGACACCCAAACUGCAAGAGGAUCCAUAAUGUAUAUGCAGAGUUUGUCUUCGGUGGUUGAAUUCUGUGAUGAAAAUACCCACAAUAAAGAAGCUCCCAAUCUUCAGAACAAAAUGUGCAGUCUCAGAAGCACCUGGGAUGUGAUCAAGCAUUCCGCUGACUUCAGCGGCAACCACCCCAUGAGCGGGGAUCAACUUCCACCCCCGCCCUCCUUCUCGAUGCUGCAGAUGGGGGCCAGAUUGGUUUGCUUAGUUCUUGAUGUUUCCAAGAGGAUGUCAGAGGCUGACAGGCUCCAUCGAUUGCGUCAAGCCGCUGAGCUGUACCUCCUGCAGAUAAUUGAAAGUCUUUCCUACGUCGGAAUUGUCAGCUUCAACAGCCAAGGGCAGGUCAGGGCCCAGUUAAGCCAAAUAACCCAUGAUGGCGUGCGAAGACAACUUGCUUCACACCUUCCGACCACCGUGACAGCAGAUAAGGAGGCCAGUGUCUGUGCAGGGUUAAAGACCGGCUUUGAGGUUAUUAAAAAACUGAAUGGAAACACACACGGUUCUGUAGUGAUAUUAGUGACCACUGGAGAAGACAAAAGUGAAAUCAGCUGUGUCUCCAGUCUGGUUGACAGUGGUUCAACGGUUCAUUUGAUUACUCUGGGUUCAUCUGGAUCCGAAAAUCUUGAAGAAAUAGCGACUCUGACAGGAGGUUUGAAGUUCUUCGCCUCAGACCGAGCAGACUCCAAUAGCCUGAUGGACGCAUUCUGUACAAUUUCUCCUGGAAGUGGAGAUAUGUCCAAGCAAUUUCUUCAGCUUGAAAGCGUUGGUGGAAUCACUAAACCCUACCAUCACCUUGGGGGGACCGUGACAAUUGACAGUGACGUGGGGAAUAACACUGUCUUCGUAGUCACCUGGCAGACUGGUGGGCCACCUGAGAUUGAAAUACUUGAUCCAAAUGGAGAAAAAUACUCCAGAGAGAAUUUUGAUAUCAGCUCAGUUUCUCAACUAGCUUAUCUUCGGAUUCCAGACACUGCAACGGCCGGGCACUGGACUUAUAUGAUGAAUAAUACCAACGAUUUCUCUCAAGCUCUAAAAAUCACAGUGAUAUCUCGGGCUUCAGAUUCCAUCACAUCCCCAGCAACUGUGAAAGCCCAAGUGAAUAAAGAUGUCACCCAUUUUCCCCAUCCGGUGAUUAUUUAUGCAGAUGUUAGACAAGGAUAUUAUCCUAUCCUGGUAGCCAAUGUGACGGCCAUUAUUGAAACAGAAUCUGGAGACCCAGUUUCCUUGGAACUUUUCGAUGAUGGGGCAGGUGCUGAUGUUGCCCAAAAUGAUGGCAUUUACUCAAGAUACUUUUUCUCCUUUGCUGGGACUGGUAGACACAGCUUGAAAGUGCACGUCCUCAGGAGGAGGACAGCAUAUUCUACGGCAGGGAGCUGGGCUAUGUAUGUUCCUGGUCACAUAACGAAUGGAAAUAUUCAGAUGAAUGCUCCAAAAUUAUCAAUGAGUGACCACAAUGUUCCAGUACAAAAAUGGGGCAUCAGUCGAACAGCUUCAGGAGGCUCUUUCUCAGUCUUGGAAGUUCCAAUUGGUCACUAUUCAGAUGUGUUCCCUCCCUGUAAAAUUAUCGACUUGGAAGCUGAUAAGGAAGAAGACUCAGUUAUCUUAUCAUGGACAGCACCCGGUGAUGAUUUUGAUCAAGGCCAAGCUGUGAGCUAUGAAAUAAGAAUAAGCCAGAGUCUUCAAAGAAUAAGAGAUGACUUCAAAAGCGCCGUCUUAGUGAAUUCUUCCAAGCUGAUCCCUCAGCCAGCCGGCUCCAAAGAAAUAUUUGUAUUUGCGCCGGAACAUCUUACCGAAGACCAACAGGCUCAACUUGAUGGAGACUCAGAAGGCGUGAGUGUGAUCUACAUGGCAGUACGAGCUAGAGACAAGGUCUCCCUUCUAUCUGAUGUAUCUAACAUCGCCCAAGCCCUUGUAUCUUUUCCUGCCAAAACUUCUACUGGUGUAGUCAGGGACUCUUUUGUGCUCGGAGGAGUUUUAAUUGCCAUUGGACUAAUAGCAGUAAUCUGUCUUACUAUAUUAGCAACUCAUUAUGCUUUAAACCUGAGGAAGCAAGCAAGCAAGAGAGAGAAUAGAACAAAGUUACUGUAA